UACAAAGUAUUUUACAUGCAAAUUAGAAUUUUUCUAUUAAAUAUAUAUAUUUCUUUAGAUCCUACAAAGAAAUGUGAGGUACCAACAGACACUUACACUGCAAAAAUACGACAAGUUUCCAAAGAAGAUUACCUACACAGUUCUUCAGUAAUUUAUGAGUGCAAACAGGGUUUGUUCCCAAGUGAAGAAAAACGUGAAAAAAGAUUUUGCAUUGAUGGAAACUGGACGGCCUUGCCAGAGUGCAGAUGGAAAACAUGUCCUCCUCCUCCACCUGAACUUCCAAAUUCAGAGAUUCAAAACAGCUCUGCUGAAUAUUACCAUUUGCAAAGAAUAGAGUACAAAUGUAAACCUAAUUAUGAAUUGGAAGGACCACAAGUAGUGACAUGUAACAAGGGAAAAUGGACACCUUUGCCGAAAUGUGUUUAUAAAAAAUGUUUAGAGCCACCAAGUAUCGGGGAUGGAAAAUAUUUUCCAAGAAAUAAUAAAUAUGACAGUGGUGAUGAAGUUGAAUACCAUUGUGAUGAAGGUUAUAAUUUGAUAGGAUCUGCUAAAGUACGAUGUGAAUAUGGAAAAUGGUCACCAGUUCCAGAGUGUAAAGGUAAGCAUGCUGUCAUUUUAUAA